AUUAUUAUGCAUCAAUUAGUAAUACGGUUUACUGAUUAGAAGACUCUUGCAAGAGCCUUAAUAAAAAAUAAAUACCUGCUUUUAUAAAUCUUUUAUUGAGACCAGAAUGGGUGGCCAUCUUUCUGUUGACAACUUAUCUGCAGAAGAAACCGAAGAGCUUUGCCAGUUAACAGGAUUUUCUUCUGAGCAAAUUAGGAACUUAUACACCCGUUUUAAGCACUUAGAUAGAGACAAUUCAGGAACUAUAAGCUCUGAAGAAUUUAUUAGUGUCCCUGAGUUGGCCAUGAAUCCUUUGAUUACCAGGAUAAUUGCUUUGUUUGACGAAAAUUUUACAGACCAUAUUAAUUUUCGCGAUUUCUGUUUUACUCUUUCCGUGUUUCGUCCUAGCGGGAAUCGAGAAGCUAAGCUACGAGCUGCCUUUCAAAUUUACGAUCUGGACAAUGAUGGGUUUAUAGGUAGAGAAGAGCUUUAUGAAGUAGUAAAGUUAAUGACUGGCAGUUAUAUAGACGACAAGCAGUUGUGGAAAAUAGUUGAUAAAACGAUUGAAGAGGCAGAUACUAUCGACCGGGAUGGGAAAAUCUCACUGGAAGAGUUUAGUUUGGUUUUAAAGAAUACUGACUUACACAAGCGAUUAUCAGUGAACUUUUAAGUUGUUGAAGUUUAUGUUUUGUUUUAUUAAUAAUUUUUUAAUUGAAGGGUUAGUUAAAAAGAGACCUUCUUUUACGCGUAUAUUAUAUUGCUUU